AUGGGAAUUGCAGGGCUACUUCCACAGCUCAAGUGCAUACAACAGCCAGUGACCUUACAUCGGUACCGUUCGCAAGCGCUCGCGAUCGAUGGUUACGCGUGGCUACACAGAUCUGCGCACUCGUGCGCGACAGAACUCGGAAUGGGGCAGCCUACUGAAAAGUACCUGCAGUUCUUCGUCAAACGUCUAACAAUACUCCGGGAUCAGUACGACAUUGAGCCGUACCUUGUCUUUGACGGGGCUGGAAUCAAGGUCAAAGCCGGCACGGAAGCCAAGCGACACGAAAAACGCGCCGAGAGUCGUGCACGAGCAAUCGAUUUAUGGGAGAAAGGAGAACGACGUAAGAGCUUCGAGUACUUUCAGAAGUGCGUCGAUAUCACGCCUGAGAUGACCAAGGUAAUUAUAGACUACUGUAUCGGAGCGGGGUUUAAGUACGUGGUUGCACCCUACGAGGCAGAUCCACAGCUCGUGUAUCUCGAAAAAAGUGGGCUAGUACAGGGGAUUAUCAGUGAAGACUCAGACCUACUUGUCUUUGGAUGCCGACGGUUGAUCACGAAACUCAACGACUAUGGAGAAGGUUUCGAGAUUUGUAGAGAUGACUUCGUGCACCUGCCGGACAAAUUCCCGCUGAACAGCCUGGGCGAAAGCGGUCUUAGAACAAUGGUCUGCCUAGCUGGAUGUGACUAUACAAAAGGUAUUCCACAAGUCGGGUUGCUGACAGCGGUGAAGCUUGUAGUCAAACAUAAGACAAUGGACCAGAUACUCCUGACCAUCAAACGUGAAGGCAAGUGGAAAGUACCAGCGGAAUUUUUGGAUGAGUACCGUUUUGCUGAUCUGGCGUUCCAGUUCCAGCGUGUCUACUGUCCGCUAAAAAAUCAGCUCACCACCCUAAACGAAGUUCCUAGUACCCUGCGGGAAGAUCCUAUUCUAUAUGAAUGUAUCGGACAUGCGGUGCAUAAAAUAACAGGUGAAAGGUGUGUAAUUUCAGAUGAUAUGAUGAUUGACCACGAAAUUCAUACACGCAUCGCCAUCGGUCAGCUAAAUCCGUGCAACCACAAGCAAGCUCUUAUUAAUAGGGAACGACAGUUAGGCGUAGACAAAGGUGUAGUGCAUCUGACAGUUUCUUCGGUCCCCUGUACGUCUGCUCCAACUCGCCCGGUGUCCACCUCCUGGAAAAUCAAACAGACAACUGUUGAACCUGGGCCGCCAGUACGCACGUCUGCAGGCACCAGUCUAGGUGUCAUGGAUCGUAUUGAAAGAAUAGUACAAAAAAGGAAACUGGCUGACAGUCACGAAGGGCAGCUAAAUGAAAGUACUUUCUUCGUAAGACGGCAAUCUGCUGGCGGGUCACAACAAAAACCAGUGAAUGCUGCUUACAGGUCCUCUGACGAUACUCGAAGUACCCAGAAGAGCCUCCCUAGCAGUCAAACUUUGGCUUUGCCCAUGACACCAGCCGACUCAGUUGAUGCAGGUGUAAUUAUGAGUUGUUUUGCUAAAACACCAGAGAAAGAAAAUGUGUCACCGGUUCUAGAUGGAAUUGGCUCUACUGGGCAGGAGCACACUGAGGCAGAUGAAAUAACAGAAGUUUUGGACGAGCUAGAUGAUUCAUCUAAUAAUCUACAGGAAUCCUCUUCGCCUCUGCAACAAUUGACCUUGACAAAGGCUUUGGCUGCGAAAUUUAUUUAUAGGUCAGAAACUUCGUUUGAAAAACGUCAGCGACUUCCCCUCACCAACUGCGAUGCCAAUGAUAGAUUUAUUGAUACUAAGAAACUUGUCAUCGGCAAGUUAAACAAGCGAAUGAUGGUGAGCUCGAAAGAUACUGCUAGUUUGUGUAUUGCACAAGAAAAGCCCUCCCUGGUCAGUAAACAAACCACAACUAACUCUCGGCGCCAAAGUUCAGGUAGCAGACACAAGGUCAGUUCUGGUACCAGACAACUAUCACUCAGUAACUUCCUCUAUAAGGGUUGA